AGUUAGUCGGUCUUUAACUGUAACUGUAUACCACGAUCCAAAUAGUCAAUCAGAAUUAUCUUUCUCCACUCAUCAAAAAAAAAGAAUCUCUUUCUCCAACUUCGCACCCAACCAACCAACCAACCACCAACGAUCGCUAGCGCUUUAAAGCGCCGCUGGAAAAUGUGCUUAUCCAUUCAUUUCACUCUGCCUCAGCAAUCGCACCCAACGGCCUCAACGAUUAUCACGCCUUUCUAUCUAUCCAUAUCUCUCCGGUCGGUGAAAGCAACCAAUUUCCAGCAAGCAACUCUUGCACUUGCACGUGUAAGGACUAAGGACUUUUAGCUUUUGUUAUAAAACCGUUGUCUAUCUAUGGACAUCAUCAAACAUCCAAGAACUGCAUUGAAAUCUUUGUUUUCUCCUAAAAAAGUUCCAGAAGGUGGUGACAAAGGUUCCAACAUGUCGAAUGUAGGAGUGAGGUUGCAUAUUCAAGAUCGUUAUGUAACGAUGGAUAAUGGCAUAGUCCAAGUGACACUAUCAAAUCCAGGUGGAAUAGUUACUGGGAUACGAUAUAAUCGUAUUGACAAUUUGCUUGAAGUUCUUAAUAAGGAAACUAAUAGAGGGUAUUGGGACCUUGUCUGGAGUGCACCAGGGAGCAAGGGAAUAUUUGAUGUGAUUUAUGGAACAAGUUUUAGGGUUGUAGUGGAAAAUGAGGACCAGGUCGAGCUCUCAUUUACAAGAAUGUGGGAUCCAUCCCUUGAGGGAAAGUCUGUUCCCAUGAAUAUAGACAAAAGGUUUAUAUUGCUUCGUGGUUCUUCAGGCUUCUACUCUUAUGCUAUUUAUGAACACUUGAAGGAUUGGCCCGAUUUUGACAUUGGUGAAACGAGGAUCACUUUCAAACUCAGAAAAGACAAGUUUCGCUACAUGGCCGUAGCAGACAAUAGGAAAAGAUGCAUGCCUCUUCCUGAUGACCGAGGUCAAGGAAGAUGCCAAAUCCUUGCCUACGCUGAAGCUGUUCUACUUGUCAACCCAACUAAUCCAGAGCACAAGGGAGAGGUGGAUGACAAGUACCAAUACUCCUCUGAGAAUAAAGAUAUUAAAGUACAUGGGUGGAUAUCUAAUAGCCCACCUGUUGGAUUCUGGCAAAUCACACCUAGUGAUGAGUUUCGAUCUGGUGGACCUCUCAAACAAAGUCUAACCUCCCAUGUGGGCCCCACCACCCUUGCGAUGUUUCUUAGUUCUCAUUAUGCGGGACAAGACCUGGAUCCAAAAUUCAGAGGUGGUGAGCCAUGGAAGAAGGUCUUUGGCCCAAUAUUUAUUUAUCUUAAUUCUGCAUCUGAUGGAGAUGAUCCGCUUUGGCUAUGGGAGGAUGCUAAAAUACAGAUGAUGAAUGAAGUCCAGAAGUGGCCUUAUAGUUUUCCAGCAUCUGAGGAUUUCCAAAAGUCAGAUCAACGUGGCAAUGUUGGUGGUAGACUACUUGUCCUAGAUAGGUAUACUAGCAAAGAUUAUAUGCCAGCAAAUGGUGCUUAUGUUGGCUUGGCUGCACCAGGAGACGUUGGAUCAUGGCAAAGAGAAUGCAAGGACUAUCAGUUUUGGACGAGAGCAGAUGAGGGAGGCUAUUUUUCCAUCAACAAUAUCCGUACUGGUGACUAUAACCUCUAUGCGUGGGUCCCUGGUUUUAUAGGAGAUUACCGAUAUGAUGUUUCCAUUACCAUAUCCUCAGGUUCUCAUGUUGAAAUGGGCGAUCUUGUGUAUGAACCUCCAAGAGAUGGACCUACAUUGUGGGAAAUAGGUAUCCCUGAUCGUUCUGCUGCAGAAUUCUAUGUUCCUGAUCCCAAUCCAGAGUACAUUAACAAACUGUUUGUCAAUCAUCCUGACAGGUUCAGGCAGUAUGGGUUAUGGGGUAGGUAUGCUGAAUUAUAUCCUGAUACAGACUUAGUCUAUACAGUCGGUGUUAGUGAUUAUAGUAAAGAUUGGUUCUUUGCUCAGGUUCCCAGGAAGAAAGAUGAUAACACACAUCAGGGAACAACCUGGCAAAUAAAGUUCAUACUUAAUGGUGUGGAUCGCAGAAGUACCUACAAACUGAGGGUUGCACUGGCAUCUGCAACUCUGGCUGAAUUACAGGUACGGAUUAACGAUCCAAAUGCAAAGCGCCCUCUAUUUACAAGUGGAUUAAUAGGGAGGGACAACUCAAUUGCUAGACAUGGGAUUCAUGGGCUCUACUGGCUAUACAACGUGAAUGUACCAGGUGCUCAGCUUGUUGAAGGAGAAAAUACCAUCUUUUUGACGCAACCAAGAAGCACCAGCCCUUUCCAGGGUCUUAUGUAUGAUUACAUUCGUUUAGAAGGCCCCCCUUCUUUUAAUGUCAAAGAUGAACUCUGAGUUCCUUUUAGUGGAGUUGCAGUAGUAUUUAUCACAUCUUGGAGUGUUAAUUUAUACCCCUAUGUAUAUAUAAAGCAUAUCUUCCACUCUUAUCAAUUUGUAUCUAAAUAAAGAACUUGACAAAGACUGAUAUGUAAGUUGAUGCAUUUCCUCUUUAAUGAGCAGUCUGUCGUCUUUCCCUGUAA